AGUUUCGGUUCGAAUGCGGAUUUUGUUUUGAUUGGACAUUCGAAUCAGCUGAUUAUUGUGUUAACCGUUAACCUGUGAUCCGAUCUCCAGUUAAGGAGACCAGCAGCAACAGCAGAAGCUGUAUAAGCAGUAUCACACGAUCCAACAAUCAUGGCGCAACCUUUGAAAUUCUACUUUGAUUUCCUGAAUCAAUCCAGUAGGGCACUCUACAUAUUUCUGGAGGCCUCCAAGAUACCGUUCGAGGCGAUACCCAUAUCGAUGCUCAAAGGCGAGCACCUGACCGGAGAGUUUCGGGACAAAGUGAACCGGUUCCGCAAGCUGCCGGCUAUCACCGACCAUGGCUACCAGCUGUCGGAGAACGUGGCCAUCUUCCGGCAUCUGGCGCGGGAGAAGCUCGUGCCGGAGCAUUGGUAUCCCCGCCGACAGCUGGGCCGCAGCCGCAUCGACGAGUACUUGGCCUGGCAGCAGACGAACAUGGGCGUGGCCUGCACGGACUACUUCCAGCAGAAGUGGCUGGUGCCGUAUCUGCAGAAGACGCGUCCAGCGGAGAAUGCGGUGAAUGUGGCUGGCAAGCAGCUAGAGCACACACUCAACGAUUUCGAGCAGCUGUUCCUCAACUCGCGCAAAUUCAUGCUGGGGAACAACAUCUCCUUUGCUGAUCUCAGUGCCAUCUGCGAGAUCGAUCAGCCCAAAUCCAUUGGCUUCAACGCCUUUCAGAACCGCAACAAGCUGGCCCGCUGGUAUGAGGCGGUGCGCGACGAACUGGGGCCCUACUACAAGGACGUCCACGCGGAGUUCGAGGCCAAGCUGAAGCAGAGCAGCGGCAGCAGCAGUCAGGGGCAGCAAGGCGUGGCACAGGCCCUGAAGCAGUAGAGAGCCUCAGGACCCAGGACAAAUCUUGAUUAGUUUUAACGAUUAUUAAUUAUAAAUUACCCUCUCUUCAGUCUAUUCUAUAUAUCUAUUUUUUUUUUUGUUUUUUUGUAAUAUCCUAUAAUGAAUUUCUUGAGAUUCCCCCUACUAUCCCUAUCCCACCUCCCUCUUCCCUUUCCCACCCUCGAUCUGUGGCACGCCCUAAUGGAAUGACCCUGCAUAUAUGAUCUAUAUAGUAUUUAGUUGUUAAAUAUCUUAAUUAUCCAUACAUAAAGUACGCUUACAAUUGUUUAACCAAAAAACAUAA